AUGGAUAAAUUAGCCACUUGCGGACAGGGCGAUGUCGGAGGAUGCGGCCUUGUCAUUAUAUGGAACCUUCGUCCAAUUCAAAGCGAGAAAGCCUACGCCGACACUGCUUGCCACAAAAUCCUGGCGAGGAUACAACAUCAAGCUGGUGUGAAUUGUGUACGAUGGUCGCAUGAUGGUGACCUUCUGGCGUGUGCGUCUGAUGACAAAGUAAUUACAAUUUAUGAAUACGGUCUUUGUCCUCAUUGA